AUGCUCCUUUCAUUGGUUGGCUUUAUUAUCUUCUGUGCUAUGGAACUUCAGGCGAUACGAUACGGCAUUGGAGCCACGGCGAUGGAAGUCAAUUUUGACCCGAUCAAAGCAGCAAUGUUCUUUACAGCCUCUCAGAUCGCUUACAUCCUCACGACCGGCCUCUCGAAACUCGGCGUCGGCCUUGUCCUCUUCCGCCUCGCGAAAGGCGCCAACAUGAGGGCAGUCCGAAUAAUUCUCAUUAUCACUAUGGUAAUCGUCACUCUCUGGCGCUUAGUUGUAGCCCUGAUAUUUGGUCUCCAAUGCCGACCGCUAUCCGUGGCCUGGGGCGUUGGUGAGGGCAAAUGUCUCUCAACGUCUGUUCUUGGAACGACCGUUCUUGCGCUAUCCGGUAUGGAUGUCACUAUCAGCUGGUUCUAUGCGCUUCUUCCCGUCUACAUGCUCUAUAAGACCCAGCUUCGCCUCAAGCUCAAAAUCAUGAUCAUGGUUUUACUAGGCCUGGGCGCCGUCAGCUCCAUUGCUAUCAUCGUCCGCAUCAAGUACCUCGUUGGUCUUAGUAAGCUCACAUCAGCCUCGGGAGGUCUCGCUACCCAAGAUGCAGCUGAAACUACCCUAGAAGGGACAAUCUACUCCAUUCUGGAGAUUGCCCUCAGCAUCCUCGCGGCUUCGUUGACGGCGCUUCGGCCACUGUUGAUAUAG